AUAGCAUUCUCUUAUUACGCGAUUCUUUUAUCAGUGAAAGUUGACCUGGUACACAAUUUAAACAUAAAUCAUCGAUGUAUAGUCAUAUAUUCAAUAUGUGCGAAACUCUUUUGACCACACAUGUCAUCAGCAGUCGCAAAGCUGAUAUCGACUUCGACAUUCGAAAAUUUCACGAGAUGUAUUGUAGUGCAUGGAAGCCGAAAUUGGAAACCGCCAAAAUUAGUGCGUUUUUAAUUCUAUGUGCGCUUCUUUUAGUUUGUGUUAGUGCUUCGACUUUGGAAUCAGAUAUGUCUCAAAUGCUUAUAUACUACGAGCCAAGGUCUCGAUUACCCCUUCGAAUAACAUCAAUUCAAAAUAGCUUGUCAAAUUCAAGUUUGGGUUUCCACCAGUCAAAUACGAAGGUAGAUGCGGAAGUCGUUCUACGCAGAUUUGGUUUUCGAAGUAAUGGAUGCACAUGCCAGGAGUUCUACUGCGGAUGUUGCGCUGGUUUCAAUUUUCAACAAUUCAAUUUCAACAGAGAAGGGUGCAUGAGGUUCACUUAUAACCCGUACGAGUUCUCCAUUUCAGUUGAUAUGUCUAUGAAUGAUGAGUCUAUCUUUUCGACGACAAUCUCAGCAAGGAAUCCUCCCCCUUUUUGUAUACCAAUACCUCUUCCAUUUCUGCCGACGGUCGAUUUUUGUGCGAAACUCUUGGAUAUCUACACUCCCGGACAGAAUUUGCACAUGUGCCUAGAUUUUGAAACUCGCAUCCAACGUGCCACCGUCCUUAUAUUGCAUUUCAACUGCAUGCAAAUGGGAGUUGAUGGUGUGUCACUCCUUAGGCCCGGGGAGAGUGCGGGCGGAUUACCUGUUACAACGGAAGCUCAAGUGGAUGUUGAUAAAUUUGACGAAAUUACCGAAAAUAAGUACAAAUCUCCAAAAGCCUAAUUAUGAACGAAGGUCGAUUGUGAGGUUUCCAAGCAGUUGUAGCCUAAGGUGGACAGGGAAUUCCACAAAACGAACUUACGCGUGAUUUAUAUGUCUGUACAGUGGCGCCUCUAUGCUAUUAUUUAACCGGAGGAAAAGAUGUAUCUAACAAACAUUCUUACAAUUGUAGAACAAAAAGAAAACAUUACUUUGUAACUUGGAUAUUAAUCGCAAAAAUGCCAAUUUUGAAAAUUGCGCCUCUUUCAG